GGUGGGGAAGGAGCGAUGCCGCACUAACGUUGCUUGUUGUCCAUGUUUAGGCCUCGAGACCGAGCGAGGACGAUGACGAGGCGACGCAUUGGGUAGCUCGCUCGAAGAUUUUGGCUAUUCACCGAUGAUUCGCGGAGACGUCCAAGCGGAAGGUGAUGCCGUAUGUCUUCGUCAUGAUCAUGAUCGUGAAGGCAAGACGCCAGCCAGCCAUGAUAUCGAUAUCUAGCUCGACGCAAUCGACCAUCACCUGCACACAAAUCCCCGGUGCAACGGCCCCUAACGACGUCACACAAGUCCCCAUUACCCCAUACUGCCGGCUAGAGUGUGGUCCGAACCACCAGCCUAGACACCAGGUCCAUCCAGACAGAGCGCGUUCCGUGGCACGCUGCGUCUCGUCGAGCCCUCGAGCCAGCUCAACGAAGAAGCGGACGUGCUGGAACAGCAAAGAAAUGUUUGUUCGAGAUCAAGCGACGACCGCAUAUCCAAUCAACUUGCACAUGGUGUGUAUCGAUUGGACCAACCUAGCGCCAAGUGAUCGACAACCAACGCUCCAGCAAGCCAGUGAGAAACGCACGAUAGCCCAGCCGGGAAAGAUGUGUGAAAGGGGAUUCUAGGGCUGGGGGCGCCUUUUUUUCCUAAUCCCGGCGGGGGACCAACACGCGCUAGAUGGUUUGUGAUGGAAGUUUACCAGUGGGCACAUGGGCAACCCGUUGCAUGGAGCCGGGCCCCCCGUUCGAGGGGCUUUUUUUAACUUAUAGCAUGAGGGCUUGCGAGAGUUUUGGUUCAUCUUUUUUUUUCUUUCUCCCCUACCUUAGUACCACAACCCUUUCUUUCUGCUUUUUCCAUUACGGAUACGUCUCCUGGACGGUCCGCGCGCUGCUGCAGCGGAUUAUACUAAUGCACGAUU